GAGCAAAAAAAUCCAUUAAUCCAAUAAAAAGAAUGUAUCUUCAGCGCUUGUUUUCCCACUUUCUUAUCUAAAAAUCAAAAACCCAAAACCCAAAGCCAUGAGCUUUGCAAUGGGAAGCACCACCCACUUGCUACACUCUCCUUCCCAUUCUCUAUUCUUUUAUGUUGACACCAACAAGAGAAAAAACAGGGCAAGACCAACAAUUGUAGCUUGUACUCAUAGAGAAGAUCCAGAUAAUAUUGUUUAUAGCAAGAAACGAGCUGUUCUUUUGGUGGGUAUUUCUGUUCUUCCAUUCUUGCAACUCAGGGCCAAAGCUCUUGACACCUCUGCUACAAAAGAAAUCGAGCUCAAGUUGUCUGAGGAUAACCAAAAGGAAGAGCUUGCAAUUCAAAGAUAUUCGCCACCAAAUCCCUUUUUGUCUCUCCUGAAUGGACUGGGUAUAUUUGGUACUGGUGUGCUUGGUGCAUUCUAUGCGUUGACUCAGAAAGAAAAGAAAGCAACAGAUCAAACAAUAGAAUAUAUGACCGACAAACUGAAACAGAACGAAGCUACCAUCGCAUCCUUGAGGAGGAACUUUGAAUCAAAGCUAUUGAGUAAAGAGGAAGAGUUUUCAAAGCAACUCAGCAAGGAAAAGGAAGAAUUGCAGGUUUUAGUGAACCAGUUGAACUCUGCUAACAAUACAAUUACAGGGCUAGGAAAGGAACUGAAAAAUGAGAAAAGAGUAAUUGAGGAGCUCAAUGUCCGAAUAGAUGGUCUAGAAUUCAACCUCUCAAAGGCUAAGGACGACAAAAAAGCUCUUGAUCAAGAACUGGAUGAAAAGCUAAGCUCAAUUGAAGCUUUGCAAGAUAAGAUUAAAUUAAUUAGCUUAGAGCUCAAGAAUAAGGAAGAAAAUGUCCAAGGACUCAGCUCUAUUCUUAGUGAAAAGGAAUUGGAGUUGAAGAACUUGAAUUCUGCCUACCAAGAAACGAAGGAAGAAUUAGCCAGUGCAGAAAGAGAAAUAAAAAGGCUGAAAGAAGAACUUCUGAAUUAUAAUAAAGAAUUGGAAUCAAAGAACUCUUUGGUGGAAGAAUUGAAUUCGACAGUGAGUUCCUUAAUGCUUGACAGAGAUGAAACUAACAGGAAACUCGUUUCUGUUCAGGAGGAGUACAACGAUCUAAAGACAUCCUCUGAAAAGAAGGCUGCUUUGGAAGCUAAGCUGUUGAGAGAAAGAGAAGACGAGCUUCACCAGCUAAAGGAAAAAUUUGAGCUGGCUCAGAAUGAAGUUAGUAGAAGCCAAACAGCGAUUACAGAUUUGACCCAGGAAAGGGAAGAUCUGAGUAAAAAGCUUGAUAUGGAAUUGAACACUGUAAAAAGUCUGAAACAUGAACUUCAAAACAAUCAGGAUGCUCUAGGGAAGUUUAGAAAUGAGGCUUCUGGUUUGGCGAAAGAACUCGAGCAAUCACGACAGAAAUCUACGGAGCUUGAGGCUGAGAUCUCAAGAGUUAAGGCUGAAUUUGCCAAAGCUACAGAAACAAUGCAGGAGAGCCUUGAGAAUGCAAAACAGAGUGGCGGAUUGCUGGCCAGUGAGAUUAUGACAUUGAAGGAACAACUGAAGAAAUCAAAUGAAGGGCUGCAAACAGUGUCGCGUGAACUGGCAGCUGUAAUAGAAGAUCGUGAUAACACCCAGAAGGAAUUGGUAGAUGUGUAUAAAAAAGUCGAAGCUACAGCCAGUGACCUAACUGAAGAGAAAAAAGUGGUCACUUCUUUAAACAAAGAGCUAGAAAACGUGGAGAAGCAAAUGUUGAAAGACAGAGAGGCAAGAAAGCAUAUGGAAGCAGAUCUGGAAGAAGCUACUAAAUCACUGGACGAAAUGAAUCGCAAUGCGCUAAUACUCUCUGGGGAGCUGGAGAUGGCUAAUUCUAGGAUUUUGAGCCUUGAAGAUGAGAAACAAGUGCUUUACACUUCCUUUAUAGAGCAAAAGAAUGCAUCUAAAGAGGCCCAAGAAAAUAUGGAAGAUGCACAUAACAUGGUGUUGAAGCUUGGGAAAGAGAGGGAAACAGUGGAGAACAAAGCGAAGAAACUUGGAGAAGAUUUAGCAUUGGCCAAGGGCGAAAUCUUGCGAUUAAGGAGUAAGAUAAAUUUGUCGAAAGCAUCUAGUGAGAAGAAAUCUUCCAGCAGUGAAGUCGAAGAGAAGGUGAAGAUAAAUUCGUCAAAAACUCUACCGCCUGAGCCGAAAUCUUCCAAAGGAGAACCCGAAGAGAAGACGACAGUAACCGCGAAGAGAGGGGGCAGAAGGAAAAAAGCUGGCCCCCAGCAGUAAAUUAGUGCAUAUCCAAUGCUGCAAGUAUUAGAGUAGCUGAUUAGUUAUUUAGUUUUAAGUGGUUUUUAGUUGUAUGGGUUCUUAAUGCAUUUUUUCUAUGACAUAUUUUUGGGAUAUCAAUUUGUUGUAUAGAUGUAGUAAGGCAUUGAGGGAA